AUGACGACUCAUCUGGUUGCUAUUGCGAAAGCUACUUUCUCAGCUGGGCUCUUGCGACCAGAUCCCACCUCCGUCUACCGCGAUGAGAUCGCCUUCUUCCACACGUCGCUCGACCGGGCAGUGACGCACUGCUCUCCAGGAAACAUCCAGAUUUGCAAAUCGUGGCUGCUGAAAAAUGUGAUUCCUUCUUCAACGAGGAUUGGGGCUCUGGGCAAAUACCUUGUCACUCUAUCAGGAUCUUUCGAACCUGGCGAUAAAUCACCGGCUGCUGGACAGGCCGCUGUUGAAGCCUCGAAGAAUUCUCCAAAACGGAAAAGGCUGCAUAUCCUGUAUUUGCUGAACGAUUUGUUGCAUCAUACCAAAUACCAUGAACAGACAACUUCCGCCUUUUCAACUCUCAGUGGUUCCCUUCAACCAUUCUUAGUUGACCUUAUUAGCCUUGCGGCUGGUUUUUCUCGCGAAAAGAACCCAAAGCAUCACAAACGAUUGAACGAUCUCCUGGAUAUAUGGGCCGGUAAUAGCUACUAUAGCCGGGAUUACAUCAACAAGCUCCGUGAAACCGUGGAUAACUCCUCGUCUCCUGGUGCACUGAAUGCAAAAGUUGCUCCCAAAGAUUCUGGUUCAGAUACACCGAACAAGAUCCCUCCAAGGGACGCUCCUUACGUAAUGCCGGCGACACAUGGAGACCCCUCUGCGCCAUAUCAUGAGCUACCCGCGGGGAAUCUAAUGCCACAUAUAAUUCCCAACUCGACAGCCCCAAUCCGACCACAGGCAGUGAAACCUCUACAGUUUCUUGCAGGACCUGCUGAUGAGUCUCUAGUCACGGCCGUAAAAAACUUUCUAAAUGACGUCGACAAAAUAUAUAACUCGAAUGGGGAAGCGAUGGAUGGGGGAGACGAUGUAGAGAUUGAUGAGCUUGGUCAGAUCAUUGUUCGUGACCCAGUGACGGGAGAAGUUGUUGACGGAGAAACGUACUAUGGUUGGUCUCGUUCAUUCUGCGAGAAAAUGAAGAAAAGGAGGGAUGGCAAACUUGGGCGUAGGAGCGAAAGUCGAAGUCUCAGUCCCAGCCGAAGCCGCAGCCGCAGCCGGAGUUAUAGCGCACGGAAACGGCGACGAUAUAGCGAUAACAUGAGUGAUGACGAUAGGGGACGCUCUAGAUCAUCGGGUUCAUCCAGAUCAGGCAACCGAAGUCGGGGCGACUCCUACUCCCGCUCUCUUUCCCGCUCCCGUUCCCGCACAGCUCCAGGCCGCUCAGGACGUCCGAGAUCACGGUCAAGAUCGAUAUCUUACUCUCCUCGCCCCUUAUCUCCACCGCCCUUUCCUUCACAAAAUCAGAAUGCUCCUUUCCCACCUCCAGGAACAGCUCCGCCUAUCCCUCCUCCAAUGUCAUAUCCCUUUAGCGGAUCGCAACAAUUCUCACCUCCCCAUCCUCUACCGAUCCCUGGUCCCGGUGGCAUGUUUAUUCCCCCUCCUCCUCCGAGACCGCCAGGGUAUCACGGACCUUGGCCGCCUCCACCCCCACCUCCACCUUCUCAACAUCAUGGUGCAACGCCACCAUUCCCACCGCCUCUACCACCUCCACUACCUGUGAAUAUGGGCGUGAAUAUGAAUAUUCCCGGCUUCCAAUCUCCUGCUGGUGGCGGUGCGCCGCAAUUCUCUUCUCAUUCACAUCCGUCUCACCAGCCACCUCCUGGAUCAUACCAUUUCCCAUCACCGCAUACUCCUCAGGGACAGGGACCUGGGCGUCAGCCCUACUCUGGCGGAGAUGCGAAUGGCUCUGGUGGAAGUAGAGGCCGAGGAAAUGCAGAUGAAGAGCAGCAGAUGAAGAGCAUUGAAAACAUUAUCAGCCUUUACCGAUUCUCAAGAAAUCUCUUUUGCGAGAAAGCCACUGUUAUUUCCUCUGCCGCUCCCCGGAUUCCACGAAUCACGAGCACAGAUUACUUAGUUUUCCACAGGCUGUAUCGAUCGGUGCUCCGGGAAGAUAAGCACGACCCCGCUUCUGGCAAAGCGGUUAUCGAUCCAACGCUGUUGAAGAUGAGAAAAUCUGCACACCCAACAUCCACAAGAAGAACCACCCCCACCAUCGCUAUAGUCAUGUCUAAAUCCAAUUCCCUCAAAGUUCUCCUCCUCCCUUUCCCAAACUUCGACACCUUGGACCUCUAUGCUCCGAUCGAAGUCCUGGGUAAGGGCGCGGCCAUCGGCGGACUAGAGAUAACAUUUGACAUCGCCGCAAUUGUCCAACCAACUCUCAGCGCAGAGAAGGUCCCUGUUUAUCCAAACCUCAGCAUCUCCCAGGCGAUGCAGCAGCUCGACCAGUACGAAAUCGUCGUCCAGCCUGGCGCCGGCAUAUCCGAAGUAGAAAAGUACUUGGAAAAUCCAGCGCAGCUUGGGUUGAGCCCGUCUAGCGUGAAGGAGCAUCUACAACUGCUCUUAGCAUUCUCGCAAACGACCACGCCGUCUCCGCGCGGCUGUAAACGCGUGUUCCUGUCUAUAUGCACUGGGGCGCUCGUGGCGGGGCUGGCAGGGGUUUUUAGCAAUAUGAUUGUUACCACCCACUAUGCGGGACUCGAAAAGCUGCGAGAAUAUUGUAGGAUAGCGGGAGAGGGGACAGUUGUCGAGCCUGAUAUAGGAGAUGGAGGUUAUGAAGGGUACUCGAAUGCGCAGCAGCAGUCGUGGAGGUGGGUUACUGUCGACCGUCCCCAGUUUGGGGCGAGGGUUAUUAGCUCUGGGGGGAUUAGCUGUGGGCUUGAUGCAUCGUUGUUUUUGGUGAGCGAGUUGGAGGUGUGGAAGGAUGGGCAGCGAGAGAAGAUUGGAGUUGCGAAGGCGCAUAGGUGUGCGCGGAUCAUGGAGUAUGCGUGGAGAUGGGCUUAGUUAGUGGUCGCAUCUAAGUUUCCUAUUUUCCUUAUCUCACAUCUCUUUAUAAUAAUUCUGGAGUAUACAAGGCGGAGGAACGGUGGAAGAAGACUAGAAAGUUUCGUCAUAUUCCAUCAUGUUAUUAAUGUGGUCUCCAACUCAUUAUUUCUCCUUUAUUCGUCUUGGAGUCUUCGCUGGGAGGAUAGUGAAUUCGAUAAUGCGCCGCGGUAUAGUGAGUAGGUGGUUAAUUGCAUGAGUUUGAUAUCCAUAUAAGUAUGUUCAUGAUGCUUAUUGAGUCC